AUAAUUAGAUCCAACAAGCUAAUUGAUCAGACCCAAUUGAAGAGUGUUAGUACGGAGUUGAUGAAGCGAGAUAUUAAUUAACAUAUAUGGCUUCAAACUCUACGAGACCUGCAGAAGAUCACUCAUUAGAUAUCAGUGAGAUCUCAACUGAUCAAAACCCCCCAAAAACUCUCAAUCAGCUUCGAGAUCGACUACCUCCGUGUAUCCUCAGAAAGGUGAUGGCAGAGCUGAUAGCCACGUUCAUGGUAGUGUUCGUUGGCAGCGGGUCUGGCGCCCUUUACCGGAGUGAUGAGCACGAAGUAUCGCAGCUUGGAGCGUCAAUUGCCGGCGGCCUCACCGUGACCACGAUGAUAUACGCAGUGGGUCACAUCUCCGGUGCUCACAUGAACCCCUCCCUGACGCUGGCCUUUGCAGUCACCAGACAUUUCCCUUGGAUACAGGUUCCCUUCUACAUGUCAGCCCAAUUUACAGGGGCUAUGAUUGCCUCCUUCACCCUGCACAAGGUGCUUCCGCCAUUGCACGAUCUUGGUACAACAACGCCCUCCGGGACCGCAUAUCAGGCUCUGGUUAUGGAGAUUAUCGCCACCUUCACCUUGAUGUUUGUCACCUCUGCGGUUGCCACUGAUACCAGAGCUGUGGGAGAAUUGGCAGGGCUAGCAGUUGGAUCUUCCGUUUGCAUAGGCGCCAUCCUUGCUGGGCCCAUAUCUGGGGGAUCAAUGAACCCUGCGAGGACGUUAGGACCCGCGGUAGUAAGCAGCAACUACAGGGAAAUAUGGGUGUACAUGGUGGGCCCCGUGGUGGGUGCUCUGAUGGGUGCAUGGUCCUAUAAUUUCAUACGGGCGACGGAUAAGGCGCCGCCUCUGAGCGCCGAGAGGCAGUCUUCGUUCAAACUUCAACGUCUGCAGAGCAUGAGGCAGCUGCAGGAGGAUCACGCAUCUGCUCGUAACAGAGGUAGUGAUCCGAUGGAAACUCUAUAAUGCUGUGUUUGGGAGCUCAGCUCACUAAGGGAAGAAAAGAAAAUAUAACGAAAGGAAUUAAAUGUACUUGUCAAUUUUCCCCUCUCCUCCUUUGCCCCUCAAUAUAGGGUGUAAAACUUUAGUGUAAAAUUUCUCCUCAUUUCCCUCCUUUACCCUCCCAAUAAAAUUCCCAAACAAUAUUAAACUCAAAUUUUCCGUCCCCUUUCCUUCUCUACGGCCUCCAUCCAAACACAGCAUAAGGGGUAUCAGGUUAGUUAAGAAGACUGUAUAUAUAGAUAUGCAGGAGCUUUAAUUGUGAUGUUUUGUAUAGGUGAUCUUGAUACUCGUCGAGUACUUAGUUUUGUACUUGCGUGCGUGGACGUAUAUGGUCUAGCUAGUUUAUUCAUAUUAAAGUUUAGUCGUGAGUAUACACGAUAUAGCGAAAAUGUAUGUACAACGAGAUGGAACUGAGACUCGGAUCAUAUGGUUUUGACCUCAUGAUUCUCAUAAUGUAUAACAUUUUUGUGCAUGUCUGAAUUGAAUCCAU